AUGAGGUCGUAUUUCAUCCUGAUCGCCAUCUCUAUUUGGCUUAAUGUCGGACUCGCUACCGAGGAUAAAGAUCCCGGUAUUGGCAUCACCCUCUACGAUAGCUAUGCUACCGUAAGCGCCUUUACUGAGAACGACACAUACAUCGACAUCGCCAAAAUCGAAGGUGGUGAGAAAUACAAAGCGUACAUGCUAGGCGAAUCACAGCAGCAAGAUUUCACUCAAUUUCCGUAUUGUCCAUUCUCAGAACAACUCUGCCAGCGAUUCUGGCCUAUUACUGCGCAACCUCCGAAUCCUGUCGCUCCAAUCCUCCACGUCCUCGUGGCUGCCGCUAGGGCACACCUUGAGCGGCCCGUCGAGUCGGCACUCGUCUCCAUUCAUGCAAUUGAACUUAACCGCUGGGCUCGAGCUCGGGCCGAUGUUCAAUCGGCCAUGAACAGUAUUCAAGUGCACAGUUGGAACCAUCUCGGCUGCAUAAUGCCGGAGCAAGAUCGGGCGCUCGGCUUGGGAGGACGCUGCUCUGUUUACGUUCUGCCCGAAGAACCGGGAUACAUUCAGGACCCGGCCAAGAUCAUCUUGGGUGUCGAAUAUACGCGGCAAUCUCUUACAGCUUCCCUGUGGGAGGAAGAGUGCGGAUACGUGUCACGGCUCAAACCCGGACCCUUCGCGAGUGGACCUGGCUCUGACGCCCGGGAGGCAUGCCUCAACGAAAAUCCUAGUAACCCUUCCGCCCAAGCCCGUUGCGACGACCUCUUCAAGUCCGAGCUUCGCAGUUUGCUGCAGAACAGCAGCCAAGGAACCAGACAUAAGAACAUUUCAGCUAUUGACGUAGUGAUCGUUACGGGCGAGCGGGCGAAUGACGAGAGCAUGAAAUAUCUGCUUAGCCAGGUCCUAGAAGAACUCUACACUAACGGCGGAAGCCUGGACCUUUCCUUAACGCAGAAGUUUUCGCCUGAUCCCGCAUUUGUAGGCUCUCGGUCGGCGGCAUACGCUGAACGAGGCGCGAAAAUAAGGAAGCGUCGCCGCGAGGCAGGGGACCCUAGAGAUCUGCCCAGAGAUCUUUAG